AUGAGCCGCGGGGCAAGCUAUGAUAUUCUGGUCCCUUUACAGGACUUCCACUCCGCAAGGCAUCCACGGGAUACCAAUGAGAUCCAUCAAGAACCAACAUCGUCAAAUGAACCAGUAGCACCUCACCGAGUCAGUAUUGACUCCAGCGGCAGUUUACGCAUCAAGGAAGAUGGACAGGACCGAUCAAAGGUAGAGCCUCGAAAAGUACUGAUACGGCGAAACCGGUCGACCGCUGUUCGUUAUUUCCUUCAAUUCCAUAUGAUUCCACUGGCAGGGGCAAUAGCGCUCAUCGUCCUGAACAUCCAAACACGGUUCCUUGGGACCGAUAGCCAAUGGUUCAGCUUACUUCAAUUCAUCGCCAAGUUUCACGAAAUCCUGAUGCAGAUCUCGAUCGCGACGGCGUUGGGCGCCUACCAACAAUACCUUCUCACUCAACCCACCUCUGGGGUGCCCUUUGGAGCUAUUUUCUCUGCAUAUCACACCACACAAGUGGGCUAUUUAUGGUCACCUGAAUUCCGUGCCAGUUUGACGACUCCUGGGUUCCCACUGCUUCUAAAAAUGGGGUUUGUGCUUUUCGUUCCUGCGAGCAUCUUACUUGCUUCUGCUGUCGGGCCCGCGAGCGCUAUUGCAAUGUUGCCCAGACACGUCAAUUUCAGCAUACCAGACUACCAAUUAGCGCUGGAUCACGCCUACAGUGAUAUCUUUCCGACGGCAUUUAUCCAGCCUGGCUCGCGUUUAGUAGAUGGAAUUUAUAACCAAAAUGAACAAUCCCCUGCCAUCGGUUGGGAGUAUCUCAGAGACCUUCCAAGCGUGGGACAAGACCAGCCCACGUUGGUCGGGACGCAGCAAGCGUUUAAGGAUCUGGGGGAUGGAUACGGAAAAUCUGUCGAGGAGAUGCCACCACUAUACUCUGUCGAUCUUUUGUCUCUUGUUCCGCGUACUCAAUCCCUCUCUGAGACAUUCACAAGAACCUUAUACGUGCAAUUUGCCCCCAACGGCACAGUGGCUACGGUGCAGCAGGUCCCAAUUGCAGCAGGCCUAUCCAGGGCCGUAAUUAGCUCACUUGCAGGAGUGAAUAACCCGGCUACAGUUGGUGAGGCAAGCAUCCGAAUCGCACAUCCGGUUGUGAGCACCAUUUGCACGCUGAAUGCGAUUAUGGACGGAAACGACACCCGCCCCAUUCAAUUCCCCGUAACUUAUCUUGCUGCAAAUGCCACGGCAGUUGAAACCACAACUUACACUAAUAUCACCCGACGACAGCUUUGGGACCAAAUUCAGAAGCAAGGGCAGGGGCAGAUCCUCUGGGUGGAUGAUAUUCAUUUUUCGACGGAACGAACGCUAGGAGCCAUCGUCGUACAGCCGGCUCUCUGUGAUAAUGGUCAAGAAUAUAUCAGUAUGUCCGCAUGUGCAGUAAGCGGGCAGUGGGCCAACAUAACCUCCAGGAUAGUGGUUGCAACAAACGGGUCAGCCACGGAAUUUGACCAGCGAGUGGAAAGUCUUCUCCCGCGGGAUUUUCUCAACGCUCUCCCAGCAUGGCCGCCACAUGCCGUCUCCAUAUCGAAAGAUUGGGCGAACAGCAUCACCACCCAAAUUGGUAAUCAGAAUCGAACGGUGGCGGACAAUCUCCUUCGGUCUCUCUUAUUGACUGAGAACGUGUGCCCGGUAAACGGUAGCUACCCGCUGUACUCACGCGCGCCACGCCCUAUGAUGCACGAAGCCAUUGUCUCCUCUUUAGUGGCAAAUGGCAUGUCUCACGCAGCAGGUCCCUUCAACAUGUCAGCACAAAAUCUCCACGAUGGUACCUUCCGAUGGGUAACCCGAAUUGGUGACCUGAUCAACCCCCCCGGCUUGAUCCUGACAUUCCAGUCCCAUGUUUUGGGUUUUGCAUGGAAUAUGGAUGGGACGGCAAUCAGAAUCGCUAUUUCGAUCCUUAUUUUAUACUGUCUAUACGCAACUAUCUAUGUUGUGUACACCUUCGUCACAGGGCAUAGCUCGCAUGCCUGGGACACAAUAUCGAGCAUUACAGCGUUGGCGUUCAAUUCAAGGCCCACCAAGGUACUGGAGAACACGAGUGUGCGCAUUUCACAGACAGAAACCUUCCGAAAUCUAGUCAGUGUUAAGGAACUGGAGGCAGAGAAGCGGUUGGAGCUGGUCUUUCAACAGGAUGAACAGGAUCGAGGGCCAGUGCAGCGGGUUAAGGCUGGCAAAUCAUAUUCAUAG